AUGACCAGAAAACUUUUUAUUGCCUUGCUUUUGCUGUUUGUGAUUCUAGGAGAAGCAGAGAAGUCCUUUAUCAGUUUUUUGAAAGUAGAAAAAAUGGAAACACUAUUUUCCAGAAAGACUGAAGGAACUAUCAUUGUUAGUUCAAGUUACAAAGAAAAAUGGCCAAACUCCAGCUACCUCUUUGUGCUAGUAGAAGAUCCCAACAUUCUGCAAGUGGUGAAUGUGACCAAGAUCUCUCUGGAUGUUACAAACUUUACCAUAAACUUGGUGACGCAUGAAGGAGGAGAGACAAAUUUGAUCAUUCAACUAUGGGACUCUGAAGGUAGGCAAAAACAACUCAUUGAAGAAAUUAAGAAUGUCAAAGUCAAAGUACUCAAAGAAAGAAAAAAUCCUUUGCAGGCAUCGAUGCAUUUUGACAGGAAUAUCCUCAUGUUUAUUCUGCCAAUGAUACUGUUAAAUAAAUGUGCAUUUGGUUGCAAGAUUGAACUGCAAGUGCUUCAAACAGUAUGGAAGAGACCUUUGCCAGUACUUCUUGGGGCAGUUAUACAAUUUUUUCUUAUGCCAUUUUGUGGAUUUCUUUUGACUCAGAUUUUGGCAUUGCCUGAGGCACAGGCUUUUGGAUUUGUUAUGACCUGCACAUGCCCAGGAGGAGGUGGGGGCUAUCUCUUUGCUCUGCUUCUAGAAGGAGAUAUUACUUUGGACAUUUUAAUGACUUGUGUGUCAACAUUACUAGCCUUGAUAAUGAUGCCUGUCAAUUCUUAUGUAUACAGUAGGCUAUUAGGGUUAUCAGGAGCAUUUCAUAUUCCUGUUUCUAAGACUGUGUUAACACUCCUUUUCAUACUUGUACCAAUAUCAGUUGGGAUAGUCAUCAAGCAUAGAAUACCUGAGAAAGCAAACAUCCUGGAGAAAAUAGUUAGACCUUUGAGCUUUAUUUUAAUGUCAAUAGGGAUUUAUUUAACAUUCAGACUGGGAUCAGUAUUUUUAAAAACAGUUAACCUAGAGGUGCUUCUAUUGGGUCUCUUAGUUCCUGCUUUGGGUUUAUUGUUUGGAUACUCCUUUGCUAAAGUUUGUAUGUUGCCUCUUCCUGUGUGUAAAACUGUUGCUAUUGAAAGUGGGGUACUAAAUAGUUUCUUAGCUCUUGCUAUGAUUCAGCUCUCUUUCUCACGGGCCAAGGCAGACAUAGCUUCGGUGGCUCCUUUUACAGUAGCUAUGUGCUCUGCAUGCGAAAUGUUGCUCAUUCUUCUGCUCUACAAGGUGAAGAACACAUGUAGUCUUAUCCUAGAUGAGAAAAGAAAAAAAAAUUCCCCUAGUUUAACAAUGAAAGCAUUAUUGAAUUCCUACUCAGGGUGA